ACAUUCUGACAGUUGUGAGGUGGUAUCUAAUUGUUGCUUUAAUUUGCAUCUCACUGAUGAUCAGUGUCUUUCACCAUUUUUUCACAUGUCUCUUGACCAUCUUAUCCACAUUGUAGCCCAGGCAGAGCUGACAGUUCAAAUGGCCCCAGAAGCAGAUGCUCUUAAAUAGUGAUGUCUGUUUUUGAGACAUUAACUUUGUACAAUGGAGGCAGGUUAGAUGAGUUAGCACUUGAGCAACCUCUGCAAACUACGUUUGGCCUGAAGGAGACAGAUCCCUAAUGACCUGAAAGAAGACACAAUGCCUGUCAUUCAGAAAAGACCUGGUCCUGAAAAAAAAUACAGAGGGGCCUUGACUUACAGGUUUAAUUCGUUCCGUGACGGAGCUCAUAACUCAAAUUACUCGUAUGUCAAAUCAUUAAAGUGUACGAGUGAGGUGAUUCUGGGCUGAUGUGGAGUUCACUGUGACAUUCACUGCACCAACUAGCUGUGGGGUAUCUGAAGCUGGCUCAUAACCCGAAUUUUAGCUCGCAACUCAAAGCAAAAAAUCGGCUGAGAGACAGCUCAUAUCUCGAAAAACUCGUUAGUCGGGACACUCGUAAGUCAAGGCCCCACUGUAUGCAAAACCAGCAGCUAAAGGAAGCCAGGCAGGUGCCUCAGAAACAAACGUGCCCUAGAAAUCCCCUCCCCUGAAGUCCCUGGAGGGCCCUGAGUAUACUUGGUGUUUUCUUGGGCUAUUUGCCUUCAAAACCAGUCCUGGAGUCAGCUAAGGAAAUACUGGCUCCUGGCCCUGGAGCUUGGGAACUACAUUACCCAGAAGGCCGCGCGUAGAAUGCCACCAGGCUGAGCCAAUGGAAUCUCAGAGAAGGCGUUUCCGUUUUUCAAGUUCUGGUGGGCGGGACCGGUAGUCUUUUCUCCAUUUUGUCUGAAGCGGUCAGAGGUACCUGUCACAGACUCCCGGGGAGAAGGUUGGCGAGUGCUUUUCCCCGCCUCGCAGCCCGUGGUGGGAGCCUCCAUGGUGCUCACAGCGCACACGUGGGAUUGAAGCUCGGAGUCGCCACCAGACCCGCCCAGGGCCGGGACAGCGACCGCCAUUCCUGCAGCGGCUUCUGCUCCCGCCCGGCUCCGACUACAGAGUGCAAUGGAGGCGCCGGUGCUGAGGAGCUGGGCUGAGGUUGGCGUGACCUUUGAGGACAUUGCCCUGUACUUCUCCAGGGAGGAAUGGAGCCUCCUUGAUGAGGGUCAGAGACAGCUGUACCUGAAUGUGAUGCUGGAGAACUUUGAACUUAUAUCCUCGCAGGGUUGCUGCUGUGGAGCAGAGAAUAUGGAGGCACCCACUGAACAGAAUGUUUCUGUAAGAGUGUCACAGGCAAGUAUUCCCAAGUUACCCUCCUUGUCUUCCCAGGAGAGCCACCCCUGUGAGAGGUGUGGGCUAGUCUUGGGAAACAUUUUCCACUUGACUGAGCUGCAGGGAAUACAACGCGGACAGAUUCUGUUGAGGUGUGGGGCGUGUGCACAAGCAUUUUAUUUCAGUACAAAAUUUCACCAGCAGCAUGUGAGAGAGAAGACUUUCUUUAGAGAUGUGGACAGGAUCUCACUUGCAAAGAGCUGCAAUUUCCAGGUGUCCCAAAAUCAUGUCACCUGUGGGGAGGUGGUGCAGGGUGUCCUUACCGGGUCAGGACAUCUCCACCUAAAGGCUACUCAGACCAGCGAUAGAUCAGAAGAUAUUUUGCAAUGUGGAGUGAAAUUUCAAAGUGGAGAGGAAUAUAACAAGGUCAUUGGCUGCAAUCACACGUUUAUUCAGGACAACUGUGUCCAUGCUGGAAGUCAGUUUUUUCCGUGCUAUGAAUGUGGAAAUUACCUUACCCAAGGUUCUAGCUUUUAUGAACAUGGAGAAAAGCCUUACAAAUGCAGUGAAUGUUGGAAAUCUUUUACGACGAUGCAUAGCCUUCAUUGUCAUCAGAGAUUUCACACUGGAGAAAGGCCUUAUGAGUGCAGUGAAUGUGGGAAUUCUUUUACCAGUAGCACUGCCCUUCGUCGUCACCAGAGACUUCACACUGGAGGAAAGCCUUACAAAUGCAGUGAAUGUUGGAAAUCUUUUAAGAGAAUUGAAAGCCUUCAUUGUCACCAGAGAUUUCACACUGGAGAAAGUCCUUAUGAGUGCAGUGAAUGUGGGAAAUCUUUUACCAGGAGCAAUGCCCUUUGUCGUCAUCAGAGAGGUCACAGUGGGGAAAAACCUCAUAAAUGCAGUGAAUGUGGGAAAUCUUUUGCCACUAGCAGUGAGCUACAUCGUCAUCAGAGAGUUCACACAGGAGAAAAGCCUUAUAAAUGCAGUGAAUGUGGGAAAUCUUUUACAAGAAUUGAUAGCCUUCAUUGUCACCAGAGAUUUCACACCAGAGAAAGUCCUUACGAGUGCAGUGAAUGUGGGAAAUUUUUUAUCAAGAGCAGUGGCCUCCAUUAUCAAAGUUUUCACAUUGAAGAAAAGCCUUAUACAUGCAGUGAAUGUGGGAAAUCUUUUACCAGGAGCAGUGAUCUUCAUCUUCAUCAGAGAGUUCACACUGGAGAAAGGCCUUAUGAGUGCAGUAAAUGUGAGAAAUCUUUUACCACUAGCAGAUACCUUCUUUGUCAUCAAAGAGUUCACUCAGGAGAAAAGCCUUAUAAAUGCAAUGAAUGUGAGAAAUCUCUUACCAGGAGCGAUCAUCUCCUAUAUCAUCAGAGAUUUCACAGUGGACCAAGCCAUUAUGAGUGCAAGUAAUGUGAGAUAUCUCUCAGCCAAUCUUUUAAAAUUUUCUCUGCAUAAAAGAGUCAAAUUGUGCGAAAUUUCUCAGAUGUGUGGAAAAUGUUUCUUAGUUCGGUCUUAGCAAUAGUAUUAGAAAAUUUGUGAAGUCUCGUCAAUCUGAAUUGUAGCUCAUACACUUAAUCACCUGCAUUAUGUAAAGUCCCCUCAAGUGACUUUGUUGUUGUGUUUUGUUUGUUUUUAUGUUGGUAUCAUAUGUAUCUGUGUUACACUUUCUAACAUACAGAGACAUGUAGCCAGAUCUAUGUCACUGCACAUUUCUGUUGCUGAAGGUAUUUCACCUGAACCAUCUAUAAGGUCCCUGCAGAUGGCAUCAGUCACCAUCCUCUUAUGCCCAGCAAAGCUAACUCUGUUGUCUAAUUUGUUGAAAUAAAUUCGGAAUACCUGAGCCCUUGGUUCUUACUUGUUUCCCUAUCAUGAGUUGCCACAUAGGACUGAUUACUGUUGGCGCCAGUAAACAUAAUGUUGCAGGGGGACUGCCAUUUUCAGGGACACACUUUCUCUAGAUCAGUGAUUCCCAAAGUGGGUGCUACCGCCCCCUGGUGGGCGCUGCAGCGAUCCAGGGGGGUGGUGAUGGCCACAGGUGCAUUUGUUUUAACUUUUUUUGU